AUGCACAAGUCCACCGAAUUUGCCGUUGCAGGGUUCAAAAACUCGCGAACCUGCCAGAAUAACGUCGAAUCCCAGCGACAGGAGGACCGUAUUAAACAGUUGGUUCGUUUCAAAGCACCAACCACCGCGGCGGUGGCGGACAAUCUUUUUAAAGAGACGCGUCGGCGAAACACCGAGCCCUUUAUGCCAGGAGUAAUGAGCCUGAAGAUUUUCAUACGAUUUGCUGCGCAGGCGAAAGGUGGAUUCGAUUGA